UGGUCCCGCAGUCAGUAUCGUAACUCGAGGAACGUCACUACUCAGUGUACGAAUUCGAUUUGGGAAAAUUGUACGAGUCGACUACACCACACCCUGUGGCCAUUUUGGACAGUAGAGAGUUGUCUAUAAACUCUGAGCGAUAAACAUUGCUCAAAAUGGAUCAGAUUACGCCAAAGGAAGUGAAAAUCUUGGAAAAUCCUGAGGACAUUCAGGAGAGGAGAGAGCAAGUCCUCAGUCGAUAUGCGAAUUUCAAAGCGGAAGCCCGGAGUAAGAGAGACAAACUCGAGGACUCCCGUCGCUUUCAAUAUUUUAAGCGAGAUGCGGACGAGCUCGAAGGAUGGAUUUACGAAAAAUUGCAAGCUGCUUCAGAUGAAAGCUAUAAGGAUCCCACCAACCUUCAAGCAAAGAUACAGAAACACCAAGCUUUUGAAGCAGAGGUUGCAGCUCAUUCCAAUGCUAUAGUGUCAUUGGAUAAUACAGGAUCAGAAAUGAUAGCACAACAUCACUUUGCAAGUGAUGUCAUUCGUAAAAGAUUAGAGGACCUUCAUCGAUUGUGGGAAUUACUGCUCUCUAGAUUGGCAGACAAGGGUCUGAAAUUACAACAAGCCUUGGUAUUGGUACAAUUCAUUAGACACUGUGACGAAGUAAUGUUCUGGAUUAAUGACAAGGAAGCAUUUGUAACGACCGACGAAUUUGGACACGACUUAGAGCAUGUUGAAGUGCUCCAAAGGAAAUUUGACGAAUUCCAAAAGGAUAUGGCCAGUCAGGAGUACAGAGUGACAGAAGUAAAUGAGCUGGCAGAUAAACUUCUUCUGGAUGGACACCCUGAACGCGACACUAUUUUACGUAGAAAGGAGGAACUCAACGAAUCCUGGCAAAGAUUGAAACAGCUCGCCGUUUUGAGACAAGAGAAACUUUUCGGCGCACACGAAAUUCAGAGAUUCAACCGAGAUGCCGAUGAGACUAUGGCUUGGAUCGCGGAGAAGGACGUUGUUUUAUCUACGGAUGAUUUUGGACGAGAUCUUGCUAGCGUGCAGACUUUACAAAGAAAGCACGAGGGUAUAGAACGCGAUUUGGCAGCACUAGAGGACAAAGUUUAUACAUUGGGAGCAGAGGCAGAUCGUCUCGCAGCCAUUCAUCAGGCAGAUCAUUCUAAACAGAUCCAAGCUAAACGCGCAGAAAUCUUACAAUUAUGGGAGAGUCUUACAGCAAAGGCUAAAGAACGACGUCUGAAGCUCGACGAGUCUUACUAUCUGCAUAGAUUCUUGGCUGACUACAGAGAUUUAGUUUCAUGGAUGAAUGACAUGAGAGCGAUUAUAUCAGCCGACGAACUGGCUAAAGAUGUAGCUGGUGCGGAAGCUCUCGUUGAGAGACAUCAAGAGCAUAAAGGAGAGAUCGAUGCCAGAGCUGACAGUUUCGAUGCGACUACAUUGGCCGGCAAUAAACUUUUGGAGAAGGAGCAUUAUGCUGCAGAAGAAGUAACCAGAAAAUUGAACUCCCUCGCUGAAGACAAGCAAUCUCUCUUGAGCCUCUGGGAAAAGAGAAAGAUUCUGUACGAACAGUGCGUGGACUUGCAGCUAUUCUACCGGGACACUGAACAAGCAGACGCGUGGAUGGCUAAACAAGAAGCGUUCUUGGCGAACGAGGACUUGGGAGAUUCUCUUGACAGUGUAGAGGCUCUAAUUAAAAAGCACGAAGACUUUGACAAAUCUCUGGCAGCACAGGAAGAGAAGAUUAAAAUAUUGGACGACUUCGCUGGUAAACUGAUAGAAGGAGAACAUUAUGCAGCAGACGACGUGGCUCAAAGACGUCUUCUUCUGUUGGAGAGACGAGCCGUUCUUCUUGACAAAUCUGCUCAAAGAAGACGUCGCUUGGAGGAUGCGUAUAAACUGCAGCAAUUUGAGCGCGAUUGCGACGAGACGAAAGGCUGGGUUAACGAGAAACUGAAAUUUGCCACAGACGACAGCUACUUGGACCCUACCAACUUAAAUGGCAAGGUGCAGAAGCAUCAAAACUUCGAGCAGGAAUUAAACGCCAACAGAACUCGCAUGGAAGAAAUGGUGGCCACUGGUCAAGAAUUAAUAGAGAGUGGUCACUAUGCCAGUGACAGGAUUCGCACUCGUACAGACGAAAUUAUGUCCCUGUGGGAGAGUCUCACUCAUGCCACUGAGAAGAAAGGAGCCAAGCUUCAGGAAGCCUCUCAACAACAACAGUUCAACCGCACCGUUGAAGACAUAGAAUUAUGGCUGUCAGAAGUGGAAGGACAACUGAUGUCAGAGGACUACGGUAAAGAUUUAACCAGCGUGCAAAAUCUCCAGAAGAAACACGCUCUUCUGGAAGCUGACGUUGCGUCUCACUCAGAUAGAAUCGACAGCAUCGCUCAGGCGGCAGAACAAUUUGUAAAAUCAGGUCACUUCGACGCGGAUAACAUCAAGUCCAAGCAGGAACAAUUACAGGCGCGCUAUGCUGCUCUUCAACGACCGAUGAGUAUCCGUAAGCAACGUCUUCUCGAUUCUCUGCAGGUGCAGCAGUUGUUUAGAGACAUAGAAGACGAGGAAGCCUGGAUUCGUGAGAAGGAGCCAGUUGCUGCUUCCACCAAUCGUGGUCGUGAUCUUAUAGGUGUACAAAAUCUUCAGAAGAAACACCAAGCUGUUCUAGCAGAAAUUAACAAUCAUGAACCACGCGUAGCUGCUGUGUGUCAAGUAGGCGCAUCUAUGCUGCAAGAGAGCCAUUUCGCCGCAGAGGAAAUUAGCCAACGACUGGCUGCACUGGACGAACAUUGGGGCCAGUUGAAAGAGAAAGCUAGGCAGCGCAAGAACGAUCUAGAUGACUCACUCCAGGCGCAUCAAUAUUUCGCUGAUGCCAACGAAGCUGAAUCUUGGAUGAAAGAGAAACGACCCAUAGUGAUGAACGCUGACUAUGGAAAGGACGAGGACAGUUCUGAGGCUCUUCUGAAGAAGCAUGAGGCGUUAGUCAGUGACUUGGAGGCUUUUGCAAGUACCAUAGCUGCACUUAGGGACCAGGCUGCUUCCUGCCGCCAGCAGGAAACUCCCACCAUUGAUAUCACUGGCAAAGAGUGUGUAGUUGCUCUCUAUGACUACACAGAGAAGUCACCAAGGGAAGUUUCCAUGAAGAAAGGAGAUACUCUAACUCUGUUGAAUUCUAACAAUAAAGAUUGGUGGAAGGUCGAGGUAAACGAUCGUCAGGGAUUCGUUCCAGCCGCGUAUGUGAAACGAGUCGAGCCUGAAGCAGGCUUGAGUGCCUCUCAGCAGAAUUUAGCCAGGGAACAAAACUCUAUCGCCGCCAGACAAGCUCAAAUUGAAGCUCAGUAUGAUGAUUUGUUGAGACUGGCUCACGAGAGACAGGAUAAACUUAACGAAACAGCCAAAGCUUAUGUACUCGUGAGAGAAGCUGCAGAACUGGCCACAUGGAUCAAGGACAAGGAGAAUCAUGCUCAAGUGCAGGAUGUUGGUGAGGAUCUGGAACAGGUAGAAGUAAUGCAAAAGAAGUUUGAUGAUUUCCAGGCAGACUUAAAGGCAAACGAAGUUCGUCUGGCUGAGAUGAACGAAAUAGCUGUACAGUUGAUGAGCCUUGGACAGACUGAAGCAGCUCUGAAGAUCCAGACACAGAUACAGGAUCUUAACGAGAAAUGGACCAGCUUACAAACUCUGACCGCAGAACGUGCGAAUCAACUGGGCUCUGCUCACGAGGUUCAACGUUUCCAUCGUGAUGUCGACGAAACUAAGGAUUGGAUCCGUGAGAAGGAUGCUGCAUUGAACAACGAUGACCUUGGAAAGGAUCUGCGUAGCGUACAGGCAUUGCAGCGCAAGCACGAGGGUCUGGAGAGAGACUUGGCUGCUUUGGGAGAUAAAAUAAAGCAGCUAGAUGAGACAGCCAAUCGUUUGAUGCAGUCGCAUCCUGAAACAGCUGAGCAGACCUAUGCCAAACAGAAGGAGAUUAACGAGGAAUGGACCCAAUUAACUGCAAAGGCUAACAGCAGGAAGGAGAAGCUGCUGGAUUCGUAUGAUCUUCAACGUUUCCUCAGCGAUUACAGGGACUUGAUGGCCUGGAUAAAUUCAAUGAUGGGUCUGGUCGCUUCCGAGGAACUGGCUUCUGAUGUAACCGGUGCAGAAGCUCUUCUUGAACGACAUCAGAAUCACAGAGCAGAGAUAGACGCACGAUACGGCAUACUUCCAGAGGAACACCGGAUGGAGAUCGACGCAAGAGCAGGUACCUUCCAGGCGUUCGAACUCUUUGGCCAACAGCUUUUGCAAUCAAGCCAUUACGCAAGCGUCGAGAUUCAAGAGAAACUCGAGUCCAUGGCUGAGGCUCGUCAGGAGCUGGAGAAAGCUUGGAUCCAACGACGUAUGCAAUUGGAUCAGAACUUGGAGCUGCAAUUAUUCUGCAGAGACUGUGAACAGGCUGGCAACUGGAUGAGCGCACGAGAAGCAUUCUUGAACAGUGCGGACACUGUUGACAGCAGCGAUAACGUGGAGGCUCUCAUCAAGAAACACGAAGACUUCGACAAAGCCAUUAAUGGCCAUGAGGAAAAGAUAGCCAAUCUGCAGACCUUGGCUGAUCAGCUGAUCGCUGCUGAACACUAUGCAGCCAAACCAAUCGACGAGAGACGUCGCCAGGUUCUAGACCGUUGGAAACAUCUUAAGGAUGCCCUCAUCGAGAAACGUUCCAAGUUAGGCGAGUCCCAGACUCUGCAACAAUUCUCCAGAGACGCCGAUGAGAUGGAAAAUUGGAUCGCUGAGAAAUUACAAUUGGCUACCGAGGAGAACUACAAGGAUCCAGCCAACAUUCAGUCGAAACAUCAGAAACAUCAGGCGUUCGAGGCCGAAUUGGCAGCGAAUGCGGACAGAAUUCAGUCUGUGCUUGCUAUGGGAGGUAACCUGAUCGAGAAACACCAGUGUGCUGGUUCUGAGGAUGCUGUUCAAAAGAGAUUGGCUUCGAUUGCUGAUCAAUGGGAGUAUCUUACGCAGAAGACCACCGAGAAAUCGAUGAAGCUGAAGGAGGCUAACAAGCAGCGCACGUACAUUGCAGCUGUGAAAGAUCUUGAUUUCUGGCUUGGUGAAGUGGAGAGUUUGCUGACCUCUGAGGACGCUGGCAAGGACUUGGCCUCUGUGCAGAACUUGAUGAAGAAGCACCAACUUGUCGAAGCUGAUAUCCAAGCUCACGAGGAGAGAAUUAAAGACAUGAAUGCUCAGGCAGAUUCUCUGAUCGAGAGUGGACAGUUCGACGCGGCUGGUAUUCAGGAAAAACGUCAAAGCAUAAACGAACGUUACGAAAGGAUUCGUAAUCUUGCUGCUCAUAGACAAGCCAGACUCAACGAGGCAAACACUUUGCAUCAGUUCUUCAGAGAUAUUGCUGAUGAAGAAUCUUGGAUUAAGGAGAAGAAACUAUUGGUUGGUUCAGACGACUAUGGCCGUGAUCUUACAGGCGUGCAAAACUUGAAGAAGAAACACAAGAGAUUGGAAGCUGAGUUAGGUAGUCACGAACCUGCUAUACAGGCUGUCCAAGAGGCGGGAGAAAAGUUGAUGGACGUUUCUAAUCUGGGUGUACCCGAGAUCGAACAACGUUUGAAGCUUCUGAAUCAGGUGUGGGCUGAAUUAAAACAUUUAGCUGCUAAUAGAGGUCAGAAAUUAGACGAAUCCCUCACCUAUCAACAAUUCUUGGCCAAAGUGGAGGAAGAAGAAGCAUGGAUCACGGAGAAACAACAAUUACUCUCCGUUGAAGAUUACGGCGACACUAUGGCUGCUGUUCAGGGCUUGCUGAAGAAACAUGAUGCAUUUGAGACUGAUUUUGCUGUUCACGGUGAACGUUGCAAGGACAUCUGCACGGCUGGAGAAGCUUUGAUCGAAGCUGGAAAUCAUCGUGCAGACGCUAUAGGCCAGAGAUGUGCCCAACUGCGCAAUAAAUUGGAACAACUUGGUGCUCUUGCAGCCAGAAGGAAAACCCGACUCAACGAUAAUUCUGCUUACUUGCAGUUCAUGUGGAAAGCGGACGUUGUAGAGUCUUGGAUCGCAGACAAAGAAACUCAUGUACGUUCAGAGGAGUUUGGUAGAGAUUUGUCCACUGUUCAGACGUUAUUGACCAAGCAAGAGACCUUCGACGCUGGAUUGCACGCGUUUGAACACGAAGGAAUUCAGAACAUCACUUCUUUGAAAGAGAUGUUGGUUGAUUCUGGCCACGAUCAAACGCCCAGUAUUCAGAAACGUCACGCGGAUGUAAUCGCUCGCUGGCAGAAGCUUCUGGCUGACUCUGACGUGAGGAAGCAACGUUUGUUGAGGAUGCAAGAACAAUUCAGACAGAUUGAAGAAUUAUAUCUGACGUUCGCCAAGAAGGCGUCUGCUUUCAACUCGUGGUUCGAGAAUGCAGAGGAGGAUUUAACUGAUCCAGUAAGAUGUAACAGUAUUGAAGAGAUCCGAGCUCUCAGAGAGGCUCAUGCACAGUUCCAAGCAAGCUUAUCCUCGGCAGAAGCAGAUUUCGAAGCUCUGGCUGCUCUAGACAGGCAGAUCAAGAGUUUCAACGUUGGUCCUAAUCCUUACACGUGGUUCACAAUGGAGGCAUUAGAGGAUACCUGGCGUAAUUUGCAAAAGAUAAUAAAGGAACGUGACGUGGAGCUUGCGAAGGAAGCACAGAGACAAGAAGAGAACGAUAAAUUGAGAAAAGAGUUUGCCAAACAUGCCAACGCUUUCCAUCAAUGGCUAGCGGAAACAAGGACGUCUAUGAUGGAAGGAUCAGGUUCGUUGGAACAACAAUUAGAAGCGACAAAGAGAAAAACACAAGAGGUUCGUGCACGUCGUCAAGACUUGAAGAAGAUAGAAGAUCUAGGAGCAAUUUUGGAGGAACAUCUAAUCUUGGACAAUCGUUACACGGAACACAGUACCGUGGGAUUGGCGCAACAGUGGGAUCAAUUGGAUCAGUUGGGAAUGCGUAUGCAACACAACUUGGAACAACAGAUACAGGCCCGUAACCAAUCUGGUGUUUCCGAAGAUGCCCUCAAAGAAUUCUCGAUGAUGUUCAAACACUUCGACAAGGAUAAGAGUGGUCGUCUAAAUCACCAAGAAUUCAAAUCAUGUUUGAGGGCGCUUGGUUACGAUUUACCCAUGGUAGAAGAAGGCCAACCUGAUCCGGAAUUCGAAAAUAUCCUUGAUAUCGUUGAUCCUAAUAGAGAUGGUUAUGUAUCGUUGCAAGAAUACAUGGCGUUCAUGAUUAGCAAAGAAACCGAGAAUGUAGAAAGCUCCGAGGAUAUAGAAAAUGCUUUCCGUGCAAUUAUUGCCGCAGAUCGGCCAUACGUUACAAAAGGAGAAUUAUAUGCUAAUCUUAUUCAAGAGAUGGCCGAUUACUGCAUCGCCCGCAUGAAACCCUACGUCGAUCCCAGAACGGAACGACCAAUCACAGGAGCGUUGGAUUAUAUCGAAUUUACUCGCACUCUUUUCCAAAAUUAA